AUUCCCAGGUACUUGUAUAACAUAGCCACAGGCGACAGGCUCAUUACUUACAAUGCCUGUGCCAGCCAGGUGUUUUUUACUGACCUCUUUGGUGUAACCGAAUUUUUUCUCUUGGCUGCCAUGUCCUACGACCGUUAUGUGGCCAUCUGCAAACCCCUGCAUUAUGUGGCCAUCAUGAGUAGCACAGUCUGCAGAAGACUUGUUUUUUGUUGUUGGAUAGCUGGUCUUUUUAUUAUAAUCCCUCCACUUAGCCUAGGCCUAAAUCUGGAAUUUUGUGAUUCUAAUAUCAUUGAUCAUUUUAUCUGUGAUGCAUCUCCCCUCCUGAAAAUUUCUUGUUCAACUACUUGGUUCAUGGAACAGACUGUUAUAAUCUGUGCAGUGCUGACCCUCCUUAUGACACUUAUGUGUGUAGUUCUGUCUUACAUUUAUAUCAUCAAGACAAUUUUAGGAUUCCCUUCUGCCCACCAAAAGAAAAAGGCUUUUUCUACCUGUUCUUCCCACAUGAUUGUGGUUUCCAUCACCUAUGGCAGCUGCAUCUUUAUCUACAUCAAACCUUCAGCAAAGGAAUCAGUGGCCAUUAACAAGGGUGUGACAGUGCUCACUACCUCCAUUGCUCCGGUUCUGAACCCUUUCAUUUAUACACUGAGAAACAAACAAGUCAAAGAAGCCUUCAAUAACUCAGUCAAAAGAAUUGUGAUAUUUUCCAGGAAAUAA